AUGAGUUUCAGAGAUGAAAAUGAAGAAGGCAAAGAUCUCAGAAAACCCUUUCUUCAUACUGGUAGUUGGUAUCGUAUGGGUUCCAGACAAUCCAGUAUGAUGACGUCUUCUCAAAUGAUCAGAGACCGCUCUGUUUCUGUGCUCGCUUGUGUUCUCAUCGUUGCCUUAGGCCCUAUUCAGUUCGGCUUCACUGGUGGUUAUUCUUCACCUACACAAACGGAUAUCAGUCGAGAUCUUAAACUUACCGUCUCAGAGUUUUCGUUGUUUGGUUCUUUAUCUAAUGUGGGUGCCAUGGUUGGUGCAAUAGCUAGUGGUCAAAUUGCAGAGUAUAUUGGCAGAAAAGGGUCUUUGAUGAUUGCAGCUAUCCCAAAUAUAAUAGGCUGGCUUGCUAUAUCAUUUGCCAAAGAUUCAUCGUUUCUUUACAUGGGAAGGUUACUAGAAGGAUUUGGUGUCGGGAUUAUAUCUUAUACGGUUCCUGUAUAUAUAGCUGAGAUAGCACCUCAAAACAUGAGAGGGGGGCUAGGUUCUGUUAACCAGCUAUCGGUCACAAUUGGGAUUAUGCUUUCUUAUUUGCUCGGACUUUUUGUUAAUUGGAGAAUACUCGCGAUUUUGGGAACGUUACCUUGCUUGAUUUUGAUACCUGGACUCUUUUUCAUCCCGGAAUCUCCUAGGUGGUUGGCGAAAAUGGGAAUGACAGAUGAUUUUGAAGCUUCUUUGCAAGUUCUUCGCGGUUUUGAUACUGAUAUUACACAGGAAGUAAAUGAAAUCAAGAGGUCUCUGGUCUCAUCAAACAGAAGAGCUGCAAUCCGUUUUUCAGACCUCAAACAAAGAAGAUACUGGUUUCCUUUGAUGAUAGGAAUCGGCUUACUUGUCCUUCAACAGCUAACUGGAACCAAUGGUGUUCUCUUCUAUUCAAGUACCAUCUUCCAAUCAGCAGGAAUUUCUAAUGGUAAUGUUGCUACAUUUGGACUUGGUGCUAUCCAAGUCAUUGCAACGGCAGUUUCAACGUGGUUGGUUGACAAAACAGGCCGUAGGAUUCUGCUUAUUGUCUCUUCUUCUAUAAUGACUCUCAGUCUCAUACUCGUUGCAGCAUCCUUCUUCAUCAAGAGUUUUGCAGAGGAUGGUUCCACCAUGUAUACAGUACUGGGCAUUUUAUCAGUGAUUGGAGUUGUGGGCAUGAUCAUUGGUUUUUCUCUUGGAAUGGGGCCAAUUCCAUGGAUCAUUAUGUCUGAGAUUCUUCCCGUGAAUAUAAAAGGACUUGCUGGUAGUAUAGCAACAUUGGCCAAUUGGUUUAUUUGUUGGGUCGUUACAUUAACUGCACCCUUGCUUUUAUCAUGGAGUAGUGGAGGAACCUUCACUUUGUACAUGGUCAUGUGUGCUAUAACGCUCGUCUUCUCUGCGGUUUUUGUACCGGAAACCAAAGGCAAAACAUUGGAAGAGAUUCAGUUUUCCUUCAGAUGAAAAAAAUGCAUACUUGCAGGUUAUAAAUCCAUUUUAAAGGAGGUCAAAUAUUGUUAUAUGCAGAAGCAAAUGCAUUAUCUAUAUCUAUAUAUAUACACCCAUCCCGACCACCGCAAUUUUGAUGUGGUUUCGGACGGUGGUUUCUUGCGAUAUAGUAUAAAGAGGUUUUGACAAAUUUUAUUCUGAAUUGCAGCAUUCUUUUAUUCAAUAUAAAUCUUGAAAAAAUGGAGGAAAAUGAACAAGCCAAAUGAGCUAUGCUUUUAUGAGAUGAUACAUUUUAUUAUAUCAAUGCUACGCUAGAUCAAUGCUACGCUAGA